GUGCAAUGAAGCCACUUAAAGAUAAGGUGUUUAUGAGCCCUAUAAAUCAUAUUUAAGUAUUAUAUUUAACGUUGAAUGUGGGCUAUGAAAGUGUAUAUAGUUUUUUUGGUAUUGAGUGUUUGUAAUGGAAGAAGGUUCACGAGGUGUCGACUGGCGACGGAGCUGAUGAAAACAGAUCGAAUAGAGAAGACAUUUCUCGGGAACUGGGUAUGUCUUAUAGAGAAAGUGAGCAAUCGAGAUACGAAAGCCUUCGUUGUAACUCCUAGCGGGAAAAAGUUCUAUGGACUGUAUCAGAUCCCCAGUCGCUGGUGCCGGGAGGGAAAGAAAGGUGGUGAAUGUAAUAUCGCUUGCGAAUCUCUGUUGGACGAUGACAUUAGAGACGAUACAGCCUGCGCAGUGAACAUCUUUUAUCGGGAAGGUUUCAAAUACUGGACACAAUGGACGGCGCGCUGUAAAAAUGAUAAUUUUAUUACCAAGGAAAUUUAUAAAUGUCCAGACCUUGUAAGACAGAGUCCUGAAAGAAGUCUGCAUAGUGAAACAUUGAAGAUGAGGCGUAGAGUCGCUAGAAGUGCUAUUUGGUCUAGCUAUAGUUACUAUGGAUUAAACUGGUUACAAUAAUGUUAUCUUCUUAAUUUUUAAUCACAUUUUCUCAGAGUUGAUUACAAUAUAUUAUACUUGCGGUCCACCCCGGCUUGGCCAGUACAUAUAUAGCCUUAAGUACUAACAGAUUACUUACCUAUCCA